CGCUCUUUCGCACAUCAUGGCCGUAUCAAAGUUGGAACCUGACUCAUUUCUCCAUGGCCUCCCCGGCCCUCGCCCUUUCGUCAUUGGUCUUUUUUGUGCCUUUAUUUUGAGCAAAGCCGGCCGUAAAAUGGCUGCACAUGUCAUUAUGGGAAAUCUUCGUAAAUUAUUGUUGCAUCUCCCACUGCGUAUCCGAUGCCGUAUCGUUUCUCGGAUCUUCUCCUUCCCAAUUCACACUGGACGACGUCUUAUGCAAAACACAACUGUUCCUUAUGGCUACCAGUGGGAUUCGAUUGCCAAGGUCAAACAUGGUCACUGGAUUAUUCCCAACGUUCAAGGUCAAGGUGGUGCAGCAUGGGCAGAGAAGACUGCUAACGAUGCCGAUUUGAUUCUCUUUUACAUUCACGGUGGCGGCUUCACCAUUGGCGACUCGUUGAUGUACAUGACGUCUUAUACAUACAUGAUUGAGCGAUUUGCCCAGGUACACAACAUCAAAGCUCGCGUGUUUGCAGUCGAAUAUGGCCUUGUUCCUGAAGUACACUGGCCCAAACCGCGAGAGGAUGUCGAGGAAGCAUAUAGCUAUCUCAUUCGCGACUUGAAAGUGAAUCCUGCAAAAGUCAUUUUCGGCGGUGAUAGCGCAGGAGGUAACUUGACGGCAACAACCUUACUCAGUAUUCGCGAUCAGCUGCGUUCGGGUAGUGUCAUAGCAUUGAGCUCCAUGGCUCGCUUGCCUUUGCCAAUGCCUCGAGGUGGCAUCCUUAUCUCGCCAUGGUGCAACCUGGAAGCCAGCAGUCCGACCUAUAUCACAAAUGCCGCUACAGACUGCUUGCCCAUACGUCAUGGUCAUCGCAACAAUACAUACAUUGCCAAUUUCGACAAAUUGUCUAAGGAGGAGCAGGAUACGUUGAUAAGCAAUCCAGACGUGAGCCCCUUAUUUGCCAGCUAUGAAGGUGUUUGCCCCUUGAUGGUUACAGUUGGCGGCCUCGAAGUGUUCCAGCAUGAAAUAGAAACCCUGAUCCAAAAGCUACAGCGUGAUGGUGUCCAUGUGGAUGUCCUCAGUCGUCCUGAUUGUCCGCAUGUGUGGGUAGUUGAGCCAUUUUUAUCGCCCAAUGUUAAGGUGUGGGCUCAGGGCAUCAGCCAGUUGACAGAUUGGUGCGCUGAGCGUCUUCACCAAUGAUGUUUCAUGUAGUAUGUAGCUUUCUCUUUCUUUCUUUGUAUAUCAUGAAAAGAAUAGUAAUAGAAUAUACCUACGUACUUUCAUUCCCGU